AUGGCUCGAUUUCUUGGCCUUCGGGGCAACCGCCUAACACUCGCGGCUAUCCUGGGGGUGUUGAUGCCUGCGAUUUUGACGGUUGGGUAUAAUACAGCUGUACUUGGAGGAGUUCUAUCUGUGGAAAGUUUUAGACAAAGCUUCCCCGAGAUCGAUGUCCUUCAUGCCAAGGAUCCAGACCAUGCAUCCACGUUGGAGGGCACAGUUGUGGCUGCUUACGCUGUAGGUUCGUUUCUCGGAACCUGCUGCGUUAUUUGGCUGGGUGAUGUUUUGGGACGACGCUGGACUAUGAUGACAGGUGCCAUUAUCCAAGUCAUUGCAUACGCGUUGAAUGCCACAACAUGCUCGUUACCCCAAUUAAUUGCAUCGCGUCUAUUGAUUGGUGUUGGGACUGGUCUGCUACUGGCAACCGCCCCUCUGUGGAUCUCCGAGACAUCACCGGCCAAAAAGCGUGGUUCUCACGUUGUGACAAAGGGAGCUUUCAGUGGACUGGGAUGUGCGAGUGCAUUAUUUUUGGAUUACGGGAUGUCAUUCAAAAAGAAUACCGACAUGUCAUGGCGUCUCCCGUUUGGGUUUCCCGUCAUUCUCUCUUUGGCAGUUGUCAUAUUUGCAUACUUACUACCUGAAUCCCCUCGCUGGCUCAUCCGAAAGGCGAGAAUUGCAGAAGCCAGAGAGGCCCUUGCAGCCCUCUCAGAUACCGAUAUCCAUGAUGAGAGGAUUGACACCACGAUCAAGGAAGUUCAAAGCUCACUGGAUAUUGCUGUUGGAAAGUCUUCAUUCAAACGAUUCUUUGAGAUGGGAACACAUCGAACCUUCCACCGAGCUGCCCUUGCUGUUGGUGCGAUGAUAUUUUUACAGUUGACUGGAGCUACUGUGACUACAUUUUAUACCACCGCAAUCUUCGAAACCAGUCUAGGCCUCGAAGUUUCAACCGCACGACUGCUGGCUGGUGUUUAUCAACUAGCAGGACCUAUCGGGGCUGUCUUAUGUGUUUUUGUUAUCGAGAAGGCUGGACGCCGCCGUCUAAUGAUUGGCAGUGCACUCGGUAAUGCAAUCUGCUUAGCUUGCAUAGCUGGUCUUGGCUCUCUAUUCGACGACAUCAAGGCCUCACAUGCAGCCGUUUUUUUCCUUUUCCUCUUCCACUUCACCUACAUCCUUGGAUUUGGCGGCAUACCCUAUCUCUACGCAUCGGAGAUUGCACCUUUACAUUUGCGCUCUACCAUCAACUCCGUCAGCAUUAGCAUAUCAGGUGCAUUCAGUAUCUUAAUCGCGAAUAUGACUCCACUCGCUUUCAAUGCGAUGGGUCAAAAAUACUUCCUGGUGUUCGCAGGGCUUAAUGUCGCCAUGACACCGGUCAUUUAUUUCUAUUAUCCGGAGACCUCGGGGCGAAGUUUGGAAGAAAUCGAUGACAUCUUCACAGUUUCUGAAAGCGCACUGGAUGCUGUUCGUGUCGCGAGGCAUCUUCCCUCUUCUCCUUGUCGACAAGAAAUCGUGUCGCCUAUCGAUCAAAAGGACAAGAAUGGAACUGUUUUCAAGGAGAAAGAGCUCCAGGUUUGA